CGCUCCAGCCCCGGGCCCUCCGGUCCGGCCCGCAGUUGGCAACGCCAUGGAGCUGGGGCUCGCGGGCCGCCGGGCGCUCGUCACCGGGGCGGGCAAAGGCAUCGGGCGCAGCACGGUCCGGGCGCUGCACGCGGCGGGGGUGCAGGUGGUGGCGGUGAGCCGGACCCAGGGCGACCUGGACAGCCUGGCCCGCGAGUGCCCCGGGGUCGAGCCCGUGUGCGUGGACCUGGGAGACUGGGAGGCCACGGAGCGUGCGCUGGGUGGCGUGGGCCCCGUGGACCUGCUGGUGAACAAUGCCGCCGUGGCGCUGCUGCAGCCCUUCCUGGAGGUCACCAAGGAGGCGUGUGACACCUCCUUCGAUGUGAACCUGCGGGCUGUUAUCCAGGUGUCCCAGAUCGUGGCCCGGGGCCUGAUUGCUCGCGGGGCCCCAGGGUCCAUCGUGAACGUGUCCAGCCAGGCCUCCCAGCGGGCACUAACCAACCACGGCGUCUACUGCGCCACCAAGGGUGCCAUGGACAUGCUGACCAAGGUGAUGGCUCUGGAGCUUGGGCCUCACAAGAUCCGUGUGAACACGGUGAACCCCACGGUGGUGAUGACGCCCAUGGGCAAGGCCAACUGGAGUGACCCCCUUAAGGCUAAGACCAUGCUGGACCGGAUCCCGCUGGGCAGGUUUGCGGAGAUGCAGAACGUGGUGGACGCCAUCCUCUUCCUGCUGAGUGACCGCAGCGGCAUGACCACGGGCUCCGCUGUGCCGGUGGACGGGGGCUUCCUGGCCACCUGAGGCCCGCCCCCCGCAGCCCUGCUCCCUGCUGAGCCCUGCCUCUCCCUCGCCCCAUCCCCCCAAUAAACAGGACGCUCCUGCUCA